UAUUGUUUUCCUUCGGAGAGUUUUCGUCGUAAUUCCCGAUUUUAUUGUUUUUCGUUAUAUUUAUAUUCGGUUUGCGUCAGUGAAAGCCAUUUUACUUAAGCGAAAUGAUUCUGUAACAUUUCGUUAUGAGUAUAAAGUUUAAUGAGUCCGUAAUUUAACGUACAGCGAUAAAAUGAGGUGUUUUUUAAUUUGUAUUAUUUUCGCUUGUUCUUUACAUUAUGUUGUGGGGUACAGUGGGAAAAUACAGUUAUGUGGAACAAAUACCACCAGGAGGGCUCAAACUCGAGGCUGUACGACCCAGAUUUUAGAUCCAGAAUAUGCAAGCUACAAUGAUCCAUGCACAGUGGAGUUCUUCCCCCCGAACAGUGCAGAAUGUAAACAAAUGAGCUUCAGCCCUAUUGAAGCAAAUGCUGGGAAUAUUGGAGGAGUCAGUUUAAAGCCUUAUAUAUUGCCGAAAGAACACAUAGAAUAUGUAUCCCACUUUCUUUAUUCCUUCAAUGCGACUGUGCUGAAUAUUACUUUCACUAAUAUCAAAUGGAAGACAAUGAAGUUUCGUUUCCAACAAGCGAAACAAAACCACUGCAGGAACAUAGUGCUUUCUAACGACGCCACAAUAAACGACCAAUCUGUUCUUUACUACGAUUGUUACUGGUCGGUUACUGAUGGCAACUAUAACGGACAAAGUCACAUAUUGGAUUUUGAGGCCACAGACGACAAAGUUGUUAAUAGAGGACAGUAUUAUUUUAACAUACCAUCUGCACAGAUGUUAAGCCCCACAAUAUCCCCAGAGCAAUGGCAACCGUUCCUAUAUAUAGAAAUCCUAACCGGCUUUAUGCGUCUGCACAUAAAUCCGCCGCCGUCGCAAAUCGACAUCACGGGAUACAAGAUCCGCGUUAUGAAGGAGGCUGAUCAGGGGUUGCAGAUUGAAAAAAUCACCACAAUGAAACUAAAGAACAGGACAAACGAAAUCACCUACGACUAUAGCUUGAUGUACAAUGGGUCAUAUCACUAUUUGGUUACUCCAUUGCAUACGAAUUGUACAAAUGGCGACGAGGAGGGAUGCCAGCAUGUAGAAAGUCCGAAGAUAAAGAUAACCACCGACAUUCAACGUCUGAACGUAUGCAUUGCGAGCAUCACCUCACUGAUCGUGGCUUCGCUUUUCAUCUACUACAUCGCUCUUAAGUUGAUAAGGAAAUAUUGGUGUAAGGACUAUAUUCCUGCUGCAGAAGAACCACCAAAAGUACUUGUUGUCUACUCACCAGCCAGCCGUCUCCACACAGAAUGCAUAACAUCGUUCGUCAACUACAUUCGUAAUGAAUAUGGAAUUGACAUGAUGUAUGAUGGAGACAUAGCGAACACCACGCAUGGUGACCCAUUCCUUUGGGCCGAUGACGCUUUCAGAAUGGCCAGCCAUGUCAUUUAUGUUGUCGGUCCGGCAUCAGAAACUAACAAUGUCUGCAGUAACAUUUACGAUCAACCCAUUAACCCACAUCGGAAUAUAGACACAUUGAUUCUUUCCUGGAUCAAAGCUGACCGUGGAAUGAAGAACAAGAAAGAUGUCAUGAAUGUUUUCUUCGAUUACUCCAACGGACCGGUCCCGGUUGAGACGAAACGUGAAAAGUCAUAUCAUUUGCUGAAAGAUUGGCAAAAGUUCAUCGCUUAUUUGUCUAAAAACCUGUUCCCAGCCAAUCAGAUUAAGAAAUGCAAGCGCGGCGAAACGUUUCUGGAUGAUUUGAAUAAAGCGAAAAAACUGCUCAGCGGGAAACAAGACAAUAUUUGCUAGAAUGUUCCAAGAUAUUUAGAAUGUUUUGAAAAGUUCUGGACCCUUAUUUUUAUCAUGGACCAAUAGCUCAAGAGGACUGCUAAUAGCGAUAUAACAGUGUACUCGGGUAUUUAGUACCCAAUGGUAUACCAGCUGUCGCGACCAGUACCAAAAAACUACUCUGAUUUCCAGUGAUAACAAACAAAUCAACUAGAUGGCGCUUAUUGCACAGAUUUUUUGGAUAGUGCUGGCUGUUCUUUUAUUUUGGAUUAGCGCCAUCUACCUAACAGUGUGUUGAUUUGCAUUCUCGGCCAUAUGUAAGAAAUUAAUAAUAGAAAUAAUGCUAAAUCACCUAAAGAUAUCUAA